UAACAUAUGUACAUAUGGUAAUAUUAUUAAAAUAAUUCGUUUAAAUGAUGCAUAUUUUUAGUUUUCAGUUCCACACUCAUUCCCCACUUUAAAGCCCCAAGGAAAAUAAAUUAGAAUUGAUAGAGGAAGAUAUAGGGUUAUAUAAUUAUAUCUACGAAUGGACGUUAGUAGAACUAAAAUAUUUGCUUUUUGCAUGCAAAACAUGUUAAGAAGCACCAAAGCACAACCAGUUUCAAAUUCAAAUAUUCACUAAUAAAUGUAGAUUAAGAUACUAUAUUAUAUAUAUAUAUAUAUGUAAGAAUAUUUGGUAGAAAUUAAGAAGAUAACUUUGCAGUCUAUAAUUUUUUCCAAGGUAAACGAGUUCUACGUAUGUAGAUAUGUAUGUACGCAUAUGGUCAAUCUACGUUCUCAGACUUUGCGGCUUAGCGUAAACAAACAAUUCGCGCAGUUACAGCGUAGCUUUGCAGUUAUCCAGUCGCUAAAUCUACUAUUUAUAACUAAAAUUUUGUAAGCAGAGCAAGACUAUUGAAAAUGGCUACAACAAGUGCAGCGCCACCAUUAGCAACAUUUAAUGCACCAAAUCCUAGUACAGCCAUGAAUGAGAACUUCACAAGAAAUUAUUUAACGCUUGAUAAUCCUGUCUUCUGCUGCUUUCUUUUUUGGGCGAGUGUGCUGGUAAUCAAAAUGUUACUGAUGUCAUUGCUGACAGCGCUACAACGAUUCCGCAAUAAGAUUCUGGGUUUAUUUCCUCAAAGCUGUCUGAGGAAGGUAUUCCCUAAUCAAGAAGACUUGUUUUUCAAGGAUAUUGAAGUGCAAUAUAAUGAUCCACAUGUGGAGCGCGUGCGUCGCGCACAUCGCAAUGACAUGGAGAAUAUUCUACCCUACUUCACGAUGGCAUUGCUAUAUAUUUGCACAAAUCCGAAUCCCACAGUUGCCUGCAUACUCUUCCGUGUUGCGGCCAUUGCGCGCAUAUUGCACACAUUAGUAUAUGCGUUCUAUCCUGUACCUCAACCGUCGCGUAUUAUUGCCUUUGGGGUAGCGUUUGCGAUCACAAUGUAUAUGGCCUGUGCUGUGGCAUUGGAUGUAUUGGCAUAUAUCUAAUAUAUGAUGUGUUUACUUUUGCUUUAGUUUAACAGAUUUUUUAA